AUGCCUCCUCGCACCUAUCGUGCACGUGUCGAGGAGACUCUGUCCAGACUCGCCAAAUCCGGGGAAACCACCGUGGCGUAUAGCGUCUUAGUUGACCGGAUCGUCGCGGCAAAACGAGUCAUUCAUGAACCCGUCGGCAGAAACUAUACUAAAUACAUCCACAAGGUGGUUGUGAAGGAGGCCCAAGCUCAUCGUCUUAGACUUCGAACCAUCGGCGACACCAAGAUGGUCAUACUGAGCGAGGACGGCAAGGACUUUUAUGUGGCUUGGCGCGAAAGGAUUUGUGUGCCCCGCGGGCAUGGCCUCGGAGAAAAAGCCGCUCUGCGAGCGGAAUAUCUGCGCCUUGCUGCAAUUUUGGGUCAAAUUGUGGCAGCGUUUCAAGGACAUGCCUCACCCGCACGCCUCUGGGAUAUCCGGGGUCUACCUGAUUUGGUCCGUGAACAUACGAAUGUGCUCGAGGACCUCAGAGAGCAAAACGAGGAGGCGAUCGGGCGACUGGUCCGGACUCGCGAGAAUGUCCUCUUCUUGGAUCCAACCUACUUCGAUGAUUGA